AUGCGAUUCCCUUCAUACUCUUCUAUCAAGUCCCUCCCCACCGAUGCGGACUCCGAUGCCCUCUUGAAGAACGUUUUCCAUGGCUCGUCCAGCAUGUCUGAUCAUGCCACUGCUGUCACCUCGGCACCUGGUUUGAUGUUCUUCGACCCUCAAGGAAAGCUCACGGUCGUUACCAUCCCAAAAGAGGUUAUCCUUGACAAUGGAAUGUCGGCCGGUAUCUUCGCCUCCCUUCGAGACGACCUUGCCCAAGCGAUCCCCGUGACCAUUGACCCCGACGAACUCUCCAAACGGGUGAUCGGGGUGGGCAACAAUGGCCGCGCCGUCUCGUGCUGCGUCCCUUUGCUGAAGGACACCCAGUACCACCCGAGCAACGCCAAGAACGCCAACGACGCAGACUUACCUGAAGAAAUCGACUUCACAGUCGAAUCACCAACCUUCUGUGCUGUCUCGGUUUUCUGCCCUCUUGUUCCAGGUAGCAAGAUGCCACCGGAUCUGGACCUUACCCAAGACGUCCCUGAAGAAGUUCUUCUAGCCCUUUCGCCUCACAAACGUCUAUGGGUCGAAGUUCAUGCCUUUCUCUUCAUGAAUACGAUGGGAAGAAGCCUUUUUGUCGACGAGACACUCGUGGGCAGGACUUCUAUCCCACUGAACCACUUUAUUGUCAACGAGCAGCUAGCUGCAAUCUCCGAGAAUACUCUCUCCACAGCAUCUGGGUACGAGUUUCGCGACGCCCGGACCGGCUCUGAGUCCUUUUACAAGUACAUUGCGAGCUUCAACAGUAAGGUCGAUGCGCUCUCCCGUGCCCACACCGAUGUCUCUGCCGAACCAAGUGUUCCUACCGGGGCUGCCCAACCAAUCGACCACGCCAGUAUCAUCAAGGAGGCAAUUUUGGCAUCAAAGACUACGGCCACCAACGACGCGGCAACCGAAGCUCAAGAGCGAGUCCUACUGUCCUGGCGAAUACUCUUUGGCCAUUUCAUCACUCACCCGGAUGGGAGUGUUGAAUACGUACUGGCUGAUUGUUCGUCCGCUUGGAAGACCAUUUUGAAGGCAAAACCCCAACUUGCCCUUCGUUUCUUCCACAAAGCCUUUGAGCAAUCCAUUAAAGGGCUCCAACCUACCCGCAAUGCUUACCAUGCUCUCUUCGACUGGGAUGUCCAUCGCAUCCAGGCAGCUGGGAUGGCGGCGAUCCAAGGAGCCAGCUUUACCACCAGACCUCUGGUAAUGAACCCAUCCGAUGCACUGUCCUGCUUCAGUCUCCUUCAGUUCCUCCCUACCGACAGGACCGACAAGGACUUAGCCUCGCAUAUUAACAAAGAUGAAGAAGCCUGUAUGCAAGAAGACAUGGGUGAGCAUGUCACCAAAAGGGCCUCCAAGAAGACAAAAUUGUACUCCAAGGGUCGCUGCACCUCCAUUGCCGACAUCAAGAGCACCAUCUCCAAUGUAGCACAACUUGCUGACUUCGCAACCGAAAAUUUCUCCAUGUCCAACAACACACCCUUCAUGGUGGAACAGUUCGACACGGUUAUGGUCAUUGCCUCUGAGGCCAAGGACUUCACUCUCCACGCCAAAGCACGACCACUGGGCACCAUUCAACGUGCUGAACUCUUCUCUGGCGCAAGAGCCCAGACACAGCUCCUGCUGGACAAGAUUGACGAAGGACUGCGAAAUUGUCGCCGCCCCAACUAUCCCAGGACAUCCGCCCUGAGUGCCCUGAUUUCUUCCACCGAGGCCCCCGACGCUUCAUCUUCUGGCAAACGGUCCUCCGAGUCACCAUUGUUAGAAGUAAGCGAUCCACUGCCGCCUGCAAUCUACCUGUUCAAUUGA